GUAUUUGUAAGUUAACCUGUUAGAAACACAUUUUUGCCAUGUUUUCCAUAUUGCUAUAUGUGGAGUUUUCCGUCUACGUUACUUUGCGUAAAUGUCCCUGCAGCAUUUAGAAAGCAUUUGCUUUCUUGCAACCCCUCACGUUGCCUCUGAGUUCCCAAAACAAUAAUGCUUACACCAAACAUUUCACGGAUCAAUGGUGGUUUGUUUUCCCCUCAAGCACAAGUUGAUCCAGUAAUAAACUAAGACUGCAUAUUAGAGUGACGUAAAUAAAAACCCAGUGGACGAGGUGUGGUCAAAAGACAGAUUUCUGAGAAUUUCUGAGUUAAGGAUAGUCACGGCUCUAUAAAAGGUAAUUAUUGGUGAAGGACGGACUUGUUUUUGGAACGUGAGGGUGCUUGUGAUCUGGAUGAAACACUGCAAGUACAGCUUGGGCUCGUCACGUUUCUGGUUUCAAAAGCGAGUGGACUCCACUCCAGCAACACCAAACAGCCAUGCCCUUGCGACCGAGGGCUUCCUCUCAACCUGGAAGAGCAAACACCCUUCCAAGUCUUAAAAACAUCCCAGUUCUGCGUCCGAGAGCUUUGUCGUCCCACACGCAGUCGCCCUUAGAGGAUGAGCUCUCUUGUCCGGUCUGCUGCGAGAUCUUCACCAAUCCCGUGGUCCUGAAGUGCAGCCACAGUUUCUGCCGCCUCUGCCUUCAGGCCUUCUGGAACAAGAAGGCAGCCAAGAGGGAAUGUCCCGUGUGCAGGAGGAAGAGUUCUCUGACGGAGCCCACCGUGAGUCUGGCUCUGAAGAACGUGUGCGACGCCAUCGCACAGGAGCGGAAAGGACAAGCAUCUGCGAUAGCGGGCUCAUAUUUGGCCAACGGGGUGUCUAAAGCAGAUGCUCUCUGUGCCACUCACGGAGAGGGACUCAAAUUGUUCUGCCAAUACGAUGAAGAGGUUCUCUGCUGUGUUUGUCAAACGUCCAAGAAACAUCAAGGCCACACUGUGUGUCCUUUGGAAGAGGCAGCAAAUGAUCUUAAGGAGGAAAUGAGGCAGAUUGUCAUCCCACUUAAGAAAAGUCUUCGACGCUUCUAUGAGGCCAAACAGCAAUGUGAUGACAUAACUGUCCACAUCAAGAACCAAAGACAACAGACAGAGAAACAAAUUCACGAGGAGUUUGAAGAGCUUCGGCAAUUUCUCCUAAAGGAAGAAGCUGCAAGAAUUGCAGUGCUGGCAGAAGAAGAGGAGACCAAGAAACAGACGAUGAAGAAAACAACAGACAUAAUCGCUCGUGAUAUACUCACCUUUUCUCAGGCUGUCAUGGCCAUUGAAAACGAGAUUGCUAAUGCGGACAGCCUGUUUUUACAGAACUACAAAAAUGUCAAAAAGAGAGCUCAGAUAACAUUUAACGAACCAGAAAACGUCCCCAAUUCUCUAAUCGACGUUGCGGAGCACAUGACCUCGCUGAAGUUCAGAGUGUGGGAAAAAAUGCAGAGCCUGGUGGAAUACACUCCAGUGGCGUUGGACCCCAACACAGCGUACCCCUGUUUGUCUCUUAGCAAGAAUCUCACGAGUGUGUCCAACACGGGGACGAUGAAAGAGCUGCCUGAUAACCUUGAGCGCUUUGACCACUUGGUUUUUGUACUGGGCUCCGAGGGUUUCACCACAGGAUGUCAUUCCUGGGAGGUGGACGUGGGCCAAAAUAAUGACUGGGUAAUUGGUGUGGUUAAAGCAUCGGUAGCCAGGAAAGGCAAAAUCUCAGGCUGUCCCGAAGGAGGAUUCUGGACCAUCGCUCUCUCUGAUGGGAAGUACACGGCCAUGACCACCCCACAUAAAUCGCUCAACCUGAAGGGCCACCUGGAAAGGGUUCGGGUGAAGAUCGACUAUAAUAAUGGAGAGGUCAGCUUCUUUGAUUCAGUGGGUGUCACACCUAUCUACACAUUCAAUGACCACUUUACUGAGACAAUGUUCCCUUUUUUCUGUCCGGGGGCAAAUAUAAAUGGAAACAAUCCAGGGCCACUGAAGAUCUGCCCUGUGAGAGUGGCAAUUUGGAACAGUGCCUCCUGGUGAUGCCAGUUUUAUUUGUGUAUUUCUGCUUCAGUUAUUCAGUACCAGUCAAAGAUUUGGAAACGUUUACCUUUUAAUCUACUAAAUUAGAAUUAAGUUUUAGAAUUAAAUCAAAUCAUUAAAUAAGUCAAACUGAAGUAUGACCAGGUGUGACCAAUAUUCGAUCUUCAUUUAAAGUCACCACCAUUCAUCUGGAUUCCAACUCUGCACACUCUGGGCGUUCUCACUUGUGAGGUGCAUUCUGGGAUGCAUGUUAACGUGCAUGCUGGGAAAAAAUAAAUA